AUGAAACGGACAGAAGACUUUCCUUCCGAGGACUCCAAAGUCCGAAAACGGUUAUACAGCCCUCCCCAAGAUUUCGACAUUUCUCGAGAGGGCUCAAACGACCCAACCUCAGAAUACGCUCCACGCGACACAUCCCAAGAUGCAACUGUCACAAUACUCAAUACCCCCUACCCCCAUACUUGUUCAAUGGCUAGACUUCUCGACCUGUCACUCCCAGAGCUCGAAUUGAUAUCCGAGUUCACUCACCAUACUCAUCCCGAAAUUCUCAAAGCCAAUGCACAACCCGACUUGCAGUGGAUGGGAAGGCCAGACUUACUCGCUUCUUCGAGGUCCCUGAAGCUGGCAUUUCUGUUUUUGGCGUCUUCAGACCUAGCUCAAAAAAAAACGCAACAAGUCGUAGGAAGAUAUCCUCAGAUGCCAGUCAACACACAAGAGCGGCUCCUCAGAGAGUUUACCAAUCUGCUCAAAUGGUUCAAAUAUGAAAGCCAGGAGCCCAACUCACUUUUCCGACGAGACGACAUUCUUUUACCAACAGCAAUCUACGUCUACCUCUGCGGCCUAGCUAUCGGACCACAACUUCUACCCUUCUUCACUAGCUGUCGUCAGGACUUGGCGGGGCUCUGCAAUUCGAUCCACAACACUCAUAUUUCAUUUUCAGGUGAGUUCCAACCUCCGGCAGUAGCCUACCCUGUUCUUCCAGACCGAAUGAGAACCCUGCUGCCAAAAGAAGAAGACCUAUGGGCUAUUGUGGAUCACGUGUUGGUGGACGAGAACAUCCCCACAAUGGCUGAAAGACGACACAUUCGGACAGUUCUCUCUACAGAAAUAUACGCCAUGAUCGAGUUGUUCAAUAUGGACGUGGCUUUCCGUUCUAUCUCACAUCUGUCUUCGUGGUGUGUCUUCAACACUGAGAAGUUCAACCUACUCCGACAGGAACAGAACCCUUACUCGACAAUUGUCAUUGCCUAUUACCUGGCAUAUUGCCACCUCUUUCACUCAUGGGGAUGGUGGAGAGACCGGGCUCAGUAUGACCUCUAUGAUGUGGUUGAGUAUCUGCCCGAUUACUACAUGGAAUACGUUCAAUGGCCUUUGGCGGUGGUGGAGAGUUUUGAGUGGACUUACGAGGAUCUUUUGAAUGGAAAGUUCCGAAUGGAUGCAGAGAAGAUGAAGAGCUUUAGAUGA